CUGCUCAAUAUAUGUACAGGGAGAACUGCCUUAGCUCAAACCUGAGAAUGGGAGCCUUUAACUAACACCCGGCAUCAAGACCAGCAACACCCACAGCCCUGUGGUCUAUCUGCAUCCUCAUCUCCAUCCUCAUCUGAUACAGUAAAAGAUCCUGCUGCAGUCAUGUCGACCUCGGCCAGUUCACAGCUAAGCAAGGCCAUGAAGCAGAUGUAUAUGACCCUGCCACAGGGAGAAAAGGUUCAGGCGAUGUACAUAUGGAUUGAUGGGACAGGAGAAGGCCUGCGCUGCAAAACACGCACCCUCGACUGUGAACCCAAGACGAUUGAAGAUCUCCCUGAAUGGAAUUUCGAUGGCUCUAGCACACAUCAGUCAGAAGGAUCAAAUAGCGAUAUGUUUUUGAUACCAGUGGCCAUGUUCAGAGACCCCUUCCGCAGAGACCCCAACAAGCUUGUGUUCUGUGAAGUGCUGAAAUACAACAGGAUGACAGCAGAAACAAAUCUACGACACACUUGUAAACAGAUUAUGGAUAUGGUCACUAAUGAACACCCCUGGUUUGGAAUGGAACAAGAAUAUACUUUGCUUGGAGUGGAUGGACACCCAUUUGGUUGGCCCUCCAAUGGCUUUCCAGGACCUCAAGGUCCUUAUUACUGUGGUGUAGGAGCAAAUAAAGCCUAUGGGCGCGAUAUUGUAGAAGCACAUUAUCGAGCAUGCCUUUAUGCCGGAGUGAAAAUUGCAGGAACAAAUGCAGAAGUUAUGCCAGCUCAGUGGGAAUACCAAGUGGGUCCAUGUGAAGGAAUUGAUAUGGGAGAUCAUCUGUGGAUCUCCCGCUUUAUCCUGCACAGAGUAUGUGAAGACUUUGGAAUUGUGGUUUCAUUUGACCCUAAGCCCAUUACUGGAAACUGGAAUGGAGCUGGCUGCCACACAAACUUUAGCACAAAUCGCAUGCGAGAUGAAGGAGGCCUCAAGUAUAUAGAAGAAGCCAUUGAGCGCCUCUCUAAGCGUCAUGAAUAUCACAUUCAAAGCUAUGACCCCAAGGGGGGUUCAGACAAUGCACGUCGUUUAACAGGUUUCCAUGAAACCUCCAACAUCCAUGAGUUUUCUGCUGGAGUGGCAAACCGGGGAGCAAGUAUCCGCAUUCCCCGCCAAGUGGGACAAGAGCAGAAAGGCUACUUCGAAGACCGACGUCCAUCGGCCAACUGUGAUCCUUAUGCUGUGACAGAAGCCUUGAUUCGAACCUGCGUGCUGAAUGAAACUGGAGAUGAACCUGUUCAAUACAAGAACUAGAGAGAUGCAAAAGGCAGAGAUGGCAACUACUUUGACUCUACUUUGUUGAGUUUCUUUCCCAGUUCUGUUUUUAUCCUUUACACUAGACCCAAGUCCCUUGUAAUUCCUUGUCUUUUAGACAUAAGAGAGGGACAUUGCUAGUAUUUUAUAGAACACAAAAGUUUCUCAUUAUUUCUGAUUAGCCUGGUUUUAUUCUCUACAAUCUAAAUUUCUGAUGCAUAAAAAAUCAGGAAUAGAGGAAUUUACAAAAAUAUAAAAGUAAUUGGUGAAAUGCUUUACUUUCACUAUAAAGUUUAUAUCAAUUAAGCACAAGGUAGAAACAGGACUGGCCACCAACCCAUCAGUGGGACAGCACCAGAUAUAUAUAUAUUUUCUUAAAGGUGUUUUCCAUGCAUCAUGAAAAAUAUAAGCAUUCCUCGGACCUGCUGAAUGAAGAAUGAUGGUUUUGUUCAUACUUACCUGUCCUCCACGCCGUUGAUGCUGCACUUGCACAGGCUGUAAGCUCUUCCGCUCAGGUCUCGAUCGCAUGUACAUGCUUCUUUUCAUGUUCAACUGCAUAGUAGUAAAUGCAACUGAACAGGAAGACUAGGGAACAAAACUGGUUGGGAGCCAAGCAGAAGAGCUUGCAGCCUGUGUGAGUUCAUUGGACAACUGGAAGAGCUUGCCGCCUGUACGAGUGCAGCCGAGAUGGCGGCAUUGGUGGCGCGGCGGACAAGUAAGUAUUAACUGCAGGUCUGAGGAAUUCUUGCAUUUUUCAUAAAUGCCCAGAGAACCCCUUUAAUGAUAUGACUAGCACAAGAUGGAAAGGUCAAUCUAUCGUAAUUGUCAGGGCUGUCCCCAAAAUUCGAUAUUUAUUAGAAACUCGGCCCUUAAUUUUGCAAAGUAGUGUAAGAAAGAAAAUAAUUCUUAAAA